ACGGUGAGUUACUGACAGCUGCAUUGAAUAUUAUAUAAUUUUCUGAACAUCUCAAGUCAACUAACCAGCUAAUGCUAGCCAGACUUCAGUAACAACUUCUACAUCACAGCAACCUUAAAAUGGCUUUCUAAACGCCAGUGGUUCUUAAAGCAACACGAAUACAUGUUCUCCAGAAGUGUGUGUUCCACUAUGGACCGCAAAAGGGCUGACUGGCACAGGACAAAACGAGAGAGAAAAGCUCACAUGCUGCAGAAUGUCGGAUGACAGGAGUACUAUGCUGCGCAUCCUUGAGGAGCCUCGGAUGCAGGAGGAAGUGGAGAGACUUCGGACCUUCCAGAACUGGCCUGCAGAUGCACCAGUGGCUUCAGGAGACCUGGCUAAGGCGGGCUUCUUCUUCCUGGGUACUGGGGACAAAGUUCAGUGUUUCUGCUGUGGAGGAGUUUUAAGGUUCUGGGAGCAGGGUGACAGCCCAGCCGUUGAGCAUAAGCGUCAUUUCCCUACUUGCAGCUUCAUACUGGGUCAAACUGUGGGGAAUAUUCCACUGGCGGUGGGCUCCUCAGACUCUGUGGAUGGCCAGCUUUUGAGUCAGCUCCAGAGGAUGACUAUGGACGAUCAGGGAACAGCUGGACAAGCAGUAUACCCCGAGAUGGAGACGGAGGACUCUCGACUUACCACUUUCCACAACUGGCCCACUGAAGCCUCGGUGCAGCCAGAUGUUCUGGCCCAAGCAGGGUUUUUCUACACAGGUCAUGGUGACAAUGUCAAAUGCUUCUUCUGUGAUGGAGGAUUGAGGAACUGGGAGCCAGGGGAUGACCCCUGGCAGGAACAUGCCAAGUGGUUUCCAAGAUGUGAGUUUUUAAUCCAGUCACGAGGGCAGGAGUACAUCAGCAACAUACAGGAUACUCAUUUCCACCUGGGUGAUACUAUGGGAGGAUCACAGAUGUCCACAGGCAGAGAUGUUGGUGGCAGAAAUGAUAUGGUCGGAGGUCUGGGAGCUUCAUCAGCCAUGCUCUCUCCUGUUGUGCAGACUGUGCUGCAGAUGGGGUUUGAAGCCGGCGUGGUGGAGAGUCUGGUCCAGACCAAGUACCUGCUGACAGGCCAGUACUACACCUCAGUGUCUGAGCUGGUUUCUGAUGUUCUGCAAGCAGAAGAGGAGGAGAGGCAGGCAGGGCCAAACAGCAGAGAGCAAGAGAGGAGCCUGGGAUCUAGUGCAGGAAACGCGAGGACCGAGACGCCCAUCCCAAAGAGAGUAAAGGAUCAAAGUGCCGAGGAGCUGCUCAGGCAGCUGCAGGAAGAGAGAACCUGUAAAGUCUGCAUGGACAAGUUGGUGUCCAUCGUCUUCAUCCCCUGCGGUCACCUGGUGGUUUGUGGCGAUUGUGCCGCCAGCCUGCGUCACUGCCCCAUCUGCAGAGCUGUCAUCAGAGGCAGUGUUCGUGCUUUUAUGUCUUAAGGCUGUAGUUAAAAACUGCCACUCCACUGGUGUUCAAAGUUUCCCCUUGAAUUUGCACUGCCUGCAAUCUUCAGUGAAUUUAUAAAAAUAAGGAGUGCUGGUUUUAUAACGUUAUACAAUAAAAUGUUUAGGUUUCACUUGAGCACUGUCAUCAUUGCAUUCCUAAAAUAACUCCCAAGACUUUCAAAAGAACAUGAUUUUUGUUUUAUUAACAAACACCAUAUUUACAUGAACACAAAGCCCAGUUCUGGGUAAACAGGGUUACACAAUCAGGUCACAUGAGGUUGGAGUAACACAAGACAGGAAACAGAAGAACAUAAUUUACCACCUUUUAACACAAAGAAAAAAAUACAUAUUUACAAAGAAAUGGACACGUUUUCAGUUUGGACCAGCACAAGCAGAACCAGAACUACAACCAGGACUUUGGGGAAAGUCUGUAUUGCACCCAGAGGAAGACUAGUUUUGUCAUCUUAGAAGUAUUUUUUUUUUCUACCAAGACUGAUAAUGUUACAAUAUUAGACCCUUUGUUUUCCUAAUCCACUGAGCGAACAAUGAGUGGAGUUUAAAUUACAGGAAUGAGAUCUGAAUUAUUGCAAAGUUAACCAACAGAAGUGUUUAGAUGUUUUUCAGGAUCCUAACAAUUACAUUCUGUUUGUCUGGCAGUGAAGAACUCUUAAUAUGACAGAGAAAUCUAAUGCUCGACAUUAGAUGCUGCUGGCAGUAAAGGAAAAUUGUAAAAAUGAACACCAGUCAAGAUUUCUGUUUAUACAGUGCUUUGCAAAAGCAUUCAGAGUCCUUGAAUUUUUUUCAAGUCAAAACCACAGAUGGAGGUUGCGACCUUAUGCAAAACAACAACACAAAGUUAGUCACGACAAUGGCAAGCCUUUCAAAAUGUAGCUACACCAACAGAAAAAAAAGCACUAACGAGAGAAACAGUCAAGAGGGCCUUAGAAACUGUGGCUCUGGUGGGGGAAUCUGUCAACACAGAUAAUUAUUCUAACUAGUCACCCACACCACAAAUCUGGCCUUUAUGAAAGAGUGCUGAAGUUCGCUACAUAUAGUGGAGACGGCAAACGCAUGGAAGAGGGUGCUGUGGCCUAAAUGCCACACUAAAUGUGGUGCUCCAGUCCCCCUGAAUAGAACAACUCUACCAAGAAGCAUGAUGGUAGGAACAUUAUGCUGUGGAGAUGCUAUAGUUCAGCAGGAUCAGGGAAGCUGAUCAAAGUUUAAUUGGAAGAUGGGUGGAGCUAAAUGCAGUGACAUCAUGGAAGAAAAACUACUAGAGGCUACAAAAGACUUUAGACUUCACCAUCCAGUAAAAAUGAAAUGUUUUUAAUUCAAAUAUAUCCAUAUUUGACAGUGACAAAGAGAAAAUCCAGGCCUAAAUCCAAUUGAGAAUAUGUGAUAACUCUUAAAACGUGACGUCUGGGCUGUAGACGUGCAAACCCCAAGACUUAAGGCUGUGUGUGUUGCAACAGGUGGUUGUACUUAUUCAGGGAGACUGGACUGAGAUGUUAACCAUACUUUACAGAUUUUUAUAUUUAAGCAUUUCCAAACGGAUGCACCAAUUUGUGUUGGUCUAUCACAUUAAACAGCAAUAAAAUCCAUUACAUGUUAAGGUUCCGAUAACAUGAAAAGGUUUAAGGGGUAAUAAUACUUUGCAAAGCACUGUAAUUCUUUGUUAAAUCAUACUAAAGCUAAACAAAUGAGAAGCUGAAGUUUAAAUUCAGUUGCACAGUAUCCAACCUGAGUCAUGUGGAAUGGAAUGUAUGUUGACUGAGAAACUCUUAUACCUUGUACAAUUGACUAUUUUCUGUUUUCCAAAGAGAAACAUGCCAUUUCUGGAGAUAUGAGAGCUUCUCAGCAUGCACAUGCUCCAUUUGAACACCAGAGGGCAGUAGUGAUUCACAUAACAUUAAGGCAAAGGAAGCUCUGACAAUGCAAGACUGGUGGGUAAACUGAUGGAUAUGUUCUACAAAGUGCUGAAUUGAGUAAUGUUAGUUAUGUGUGCUCAGUUUUGUUAGUAAAAAGUUAAAAUGAAGCUGAUUCAGAAUAAAAGCCAAACGGGUGGAGACACGAGUCAUAGUAACUGGUUAAC